AUGAAAAGUUUUUCCAACAAGUCCCCCAGGUAUGACCGUGACAACUAUGUAACGCUAAAUAAAGGCAACAUUCCUCCAAAACAGUUGAACACCGAUUUCAACCUAGAAACUCAAAGGACCAGCAACAAUUAUGGUGUACCUUACGACUAUGGUAGCCUGAUGCACUACUCCGCAUACGCCUUUGCUAAGGAUGAGCGGAUACCCACACUAAUACCGAAAGAUGAAAAUUAUGUAGACACCAUGGGAUCGACCAUGCUGUCAUUUUAUGACAUACUUCUCAUGAACAAACACUAUGGAUGUCUAGAUAAGUGCAAGUCCGCCUCCUCUGCAAAAUGUAAAAUGGGUGGCUACCCAAAUCCACGCGACUGUUCCAAAUGCAUUUGUCCCGAUGGAUAUGGAGGCCGUCUAUGUGAUGAGAAGCCAUCCGGAUGUGGUCUAGUUCUUACAGCUAACAGUAGAGUACAGACUCUUGAGCACUAUUUCGGACCAAGUGGCAAGAAGUCGGAUGAUUUCACAAAGUGCCACUUUUGGAUCAAGGCCGACAGAGGAAGAAAGGUUGAAAUAAGACUCAAAAGAGCCUUGUCCGAAUCCCAAUCCAACAGUGGCUGCGCCUUUGCGGGAGUGGAAAUCAAACCCCAAAAAGACCAGCUUCUAACGGGUUACAGAUUCUGCAAGGAAGAAGGUGGUAAGGAUAAGGUGUUCGUUUCAAAGACUGACACUGUUCCCGUCAUCUUUUAUCGUAGCAUUGGAAUGGUGACUGCUACUCUGGAAUACCGCAUGAGUAUGUUUUAG